GACAGCAUGGGGCUCUCAACCCAUGCGGGCAGCACCAGCUCCUACUCCAACAUCCACAUACCUAUAUAGGUACUUAUACUGACGUAAGCGUAUAACAGAGAGCAUCAGCAUACAGCAGACGGUCAGCACUCAGCCGUCAGCUCGCAGAUGUAAUAGCAAAUAAUAGCAGUAGAUAGCAUAGCAGUAGACCGCUACUGUCAGAAAGUAUGUACACAUAUACUUACAGGCAUAACGACAGGUAGAUUUUUUAUGUUUCUCUGAUAAAAUUAUAGAACAAAAGAUUUAAAAUGAUUGUGAAAGAAGAAUCGUUUGAAUUGAUUUCUCAAGAAAUUAUCAAAACUCAUCUUGAAUUGACCGCCUUAAUUCAGGAUAUAAAACAAUGCACUGGACCAUUAGAACUUUUAAACGAUCUCAAUGCAGAUGGUCGAGAAAAAAUAGCUAAGCUCAGAAACAACAUUGAAAAACUAACAUUUUUAGCAGAGCGGGAAAGGGAAACAACUAGAAAAGCUGACUUGUUGUCAAAUAUUGACAAUUACAGGGGACAGUUAACCACAGCGAUAACAGCUUUUCGUAAAGCAAAUGUUCUCAGUGCAUGCGCAAUAGACAAGCAGGCUAGAGAAGAAUUAUUGCCUACAUCUGCUAGUGAGCAAAGUUUGCUCCGAAAAAGAAGAGACAAACAAGGUGCAGCCAAUGCUUCUAGUCAAAUCACAAAUCAUCUGUUGGAUAUAUCCAAAUAUUUAGCAGAAACGUCACAGCAAAGCGCAGAAACUUUAGAUACAUUAGUGACUUCUUCUGACAAGGUGUCAACUACUAGAAAAGAAUUGGAACAUCAACAACAAGUUAUACAGCAAUCAGGAAAAUUAUUAGGCAAAUAUGGUCGGAGAGAGAUUACAGAUAAAGCUUUAGUGAUACUAGCUUUUAUAUUCUUUCUUGCAGUUGUAUUUUACAUUUUACAAAAACGAUUAUUAUAAGAUUAACAGCUACUCUUAAGUUACAUAAUUUAUGUUAAAUAGCCCAAUUGGAAAAAUCAAAUCAUCUGCACUUAUUCAAGAUUUUUCCACAAACUUGUUGAAGAGGAAAUACUAAACACUUGAGUUUUCAUAUAACUAAAACAUUCCGUUACAAUUAUUUUUCAUAAAAAAUGACUGAUGUUAAUAAUAAUCAAGCUGUUAAAUUUUUUUAUCGCAAAAGUUAUAAAUAUAUUAAUAAAUAUACGAAUGUUUGCAUUCACUAUAGCAAAAAGUUAAUAAAUAUUUUAAUAAUUUAUCCAGCAUCUGAAACUAUGGUACAAAAUAAAGGGCUGAAACUUUUCUAAAAAA